AAUAUGUGAUAGGCAUCCUGGAUCUGUACAGUUUUAUCCAGCGUCUUCAGUGAUAUACAUCAGCAGUAACGUGACGAUUUUGUAAUAAAAAUGUCCAGUUAUUUCGUCUUUGGUUUGGUAACCAUCGCCGUCAUCGCUUUCAGCGAAGCAGCCCCCUACGGUGGACAGGAUGAUCAUUCGAUUGACGGAGGUCAUCAAGACCACGCGAUUCAUGAGAGCAAAGACCGCGAAGAAUCCUUGAGCAGUUACAGCGAAGAUCACGAGGAGCCCGAAAUCCAUGAAAACAAAGAUAACGAACGCUUCUCGGACCACGAGAGCAAAGGCCAGGAAGAAUAUCAAAGCCACAAAGGCGAAGAUCACGAAGAGUCCGAAGGCCAGAAAGAAUAUGAAGGCCACAAAAGCGAAGAUCACGAAGAGUCCGAAGGCCAGAAAGAAUAUGCAGGCCACAAAAGCGAAGAUCACGAAAACUACGAAGGCCAGAAAGAAUAUGAAGGCCACAAAAGCGAAGAUCACGAAAACUACGAAAGCCAGAAAGAAUACGAAGGCCACAAAAGCGACGAUCACGAAGAGUCCGAAGGCCACGAGCACAAAGACCACAAAGAACAUGAAGACCACGAAGGCAAAUAUCCAGAGCAUAUCAAACACGGGUGAGAUUGAAAUAAAAGCG